AUGUCUUCGGCCGCAUUGCAACCACCCGCACAUCAACCAGCCUCACUAUCAGGGCUUGAGCAAUACACUCCAACCCAAUCGCCCGGUCGGGAGGAAUAUUAUGCAAAGGAGAACCAGUCUGCCACAUCACCUGCAUCCUCGAAGCGCCCGUCCAGAAGAACGAGCGGCCAGGCGCCAGCCUACCCCGAAUAUAAUAACACGCCCACGAUGACGUCGCGCACUGCACUGGCUUCACCUAUGCCAGUAACGACUGGCGAUCAAGCAUCAUCCUCGAGUCGCAGGAGGCACGAUCCUCCCAUCGCACCACCGCGGGUAUCAUCCUCGCAACAAGACCCAACGUCGUCGAGAAGAGCUGCUCGUGAAGCAGAACGGGCAAACACCUCUCGGAGAGCUGAAAGCAACAAGGUCGCAUCAAAUGGUUACGAGGAGUCGAGCUCACGGAGAAGACCAUCGCAACAAGAUGGCGUACCAUCAGGCGGCUCAAGAGAGGGAUACACAACAACAAUUCCAAUCAGGUCGAACACGAGCUCUUCCUCCAAGCAACUAUCCCGUGAAGCCAGCGAAGUUUUAAACCAAAUUAUUGUAUCUCAACCGGAGGAGGACUUGGAGCGAGAACAGGAAAGAUUGGAGGAAGCUCAACCUCAUCAUGUAGCGCCCUCGCAUGAGGAUUAUGAUGAUGUUGCGCCGCCACCAAUAGCAGCGACCAGAGAUGCUCGCGACGACAGUCGGCAAGGCCGUCGAAGCCGUCACGAUCACUCCAAAAAGGAAAAGCUGUCGAGAUUUGGAGACUACUACCUUGGUCACACCAUAGGAGAGGGUGAAUUCGGCAAGGUCAAGCUUGGCUGGAAACACGACGACAGGGUGCAGGUCGCCAUCAAACUUAUUCGCCGCGACAGCGUUGGCGGCAAUCCUUCGCGACUGGCCAAGAUUUAUCGUGAAGUCAAUAUCCUUCGCGGCGUUUCGCAUCCCAACAUUGUUCGAUUACACGAGAUGUCCGAAACGGAAAGGUACAUUGGAAUAGUCUUGGAAUACGCCUCUGGCGGCGAGCUCUUUGAUUACAUCCUCACCCAUAGGUACUUGAAGGACAACGCAGCUCGACGAUUGUUUGCGCAACUCAUCUCUGGCGUUGGUUAUCUGCACAAGAAAGGUAUCGUCCACCGAGACCUGAAGUUGGAGAACUUACUACUGGACCGCAACCGAAACAUCAUCAUCACGGAUUUUGGUUUCGCCAAUACGUUCGAUGCAAACGAUGAGUUGAGUGAAGAGGAAGAACUGGGAUUGGGAGACCGUGACUACGUCAAAAAGGUGGGCUUGGACAGGAAGAAGGCCAACGGCUCGCGCAAGGGCGACCUUAUGCAAACAAGUUGCGGCAGCCCUUGUUAUGCAGCUCCCGAGCUAGUGGUCAGUGACUCGCUCUAUACUGGUCGGAAAGUUGAUGUCUGGAGCUGUGGUGUCAUUCUUUAUGCCAUGCUUGCCGGGUAUCUUCCUUUCGACGACGAUCCUGCGAAUCCCGAGGGCGACAACAUCAACCUGCUGUACAAGUACAUUGUCAACACCCCGCUGACCUUCCCGGAAUAUGUCACGCCUCACGCUCGUGACUUAUUGCGGCGCAUCCUUGUGCCGAGCCCACGAAAGCGAGCUGAUCUGUUCGAGGUUGCCAGGCACAGCUGGCUCAGCGAGUAUGCCCACAUUGUCGAAUUCAUUACCAGCAGCACGACUACAUCCAACGAGAUACAGAAUACAACUGUACCUACGUCAGAUGAAGAAACGUCUGGCCUGCAGCGCAGCGCCUCAGUUCGGGAGCCGACCAAGGCCAAGCAGCCUGCGCCUGUGGUGGGUGAUUUGGCUAGGAAAACUGGACAGGUCGACCCCGAGGAAGCAGCUUCACAGGGCAAGCAAGCGAGAGACACCAAGAGACGCACUGUGCAAGUCGAAUAUGUGGCUCCUACAACACAGACCCAGCGCGGCGGUGAGUCGUCUGGUCAGACUCCGCCUCGUGGCAAGACUCGAGCCCAUUCCGCUACUCGAGGAGCUCCAGAGACUCAAACUCCGGCAGGUGAUAAGCCGCUCCCCAGAGAUCCACCAGUGGGUAAGGAAAAGUAUACUGGAUCACCUUCGCACCGCGCGAGACCACCUAGUGCACACCAGAAUGUGAACGCGCCGGCACCAAGGCCAGUUCGUGACGCAGGCCGCUCGACCUCGGAAGGUUACAGGAACACCGUCUCCGGAUCUACGACAACUGGACGACCGACAACCGGAGGAUCAACGCACUCUGCUGGUUCUCGACAUGCUCUUGGCGCUGGUGCCACACGUGCUUCGUAUGGUCAGCCCAUACCCCCUACCGUUGCCGGUACUAACGCGCAAGGAAGAAUGUCCCAACCAACUGGCGGAUCCAAGAACUAUGUCAUCUCGAACCCAGUGCCUCAAGAUCAAGGCGAUAUGGAUUUUGGGCGGCCCAGCGUCAGUACUGGUGCUGGCGUGCCUCCCAAAUUUGCCAGGCUCUCCGGAUACGCAAAUACUCCUUCGCACUCAUCAGGAGGUUCCAGCAAAGGCCACAAGCGAUCCAAUACGAUUGGUGAAAUUGGCGGCAAGAUCUUUGGGCGCAGUGGUUCCAUAUUUGGGGGUCGCAGGAAGCGUGACUCGCAACCCCCGGCGGAGAAGCCGAGCAGGAAGUACCCACCGGUUAGCAUGUCGAACACCAUGCCUGGCGAGGGAGGCGUCCGACCUUCGAUGGAGUCUCGGCGAUCGUUCUCACAGACUUUGGGUCUGGCUCGCAAGCGUAGUGGUAGCGUAGCCGGGUCCCAUACGUCUCAAGAGAGGCCAUCCAACCCGCGUCGCUUCUCCUUGAUGAGGGCGAUUGGUCUGAGCAGAGACAACAAUGCAAGCCCUACCCCAGAUACCAACUCUUCCCAACCAUCGCCAAGACUCGAAGGUCAGCAACCUGAGGAAUACAGUCCAUAUGGCGCGCCGCCGCACGACGUUGAGGGAUAUGCAGACGGUGCUUACGACGAGCCGCAAAGUCAAGGUGGUGCCAUGGAAUCCCCAACCUCGCACCCGUCUCGUCACACGCGGUAUCAGUCGGGCUCCCGGUCGAACGCAAUCCCCGCGCAUGUGCCCCAAGGAGCAGCUCAGAACUCGGCUUCCGACUCUUCUGUUGACCGCACUGGGCGAAGACCGCCCAACGCAGCCCCUUAUCAAACCGGCUAUGAUUCAGAAGGACGGCCCGCUGGCCGUAACCGAGGUGUUCUCCAGAAGAACAGGCGGUUUGUUGAUGCUUAUGAUGGAGAAGAAUACGGCAGGGCCGGUGAUCAUGCAGGAAGCAGCGGCGCCGCAAAGAGAGUCAUGGACUUUUUCAGAAGACGGGGCAAGGCACGAGGUGGUGAAGCCUGA